AUGGCCGGAUAUCUCUUGCUUGUGAUUCCAAGCAUCCUCAUGAGCUUGUUGGUUUCGAGAGCGCCAUUCAUGAUGACCACCACACCACAGACGACGAAGCCCUGGGCCGAUGCGCCUAUGAAGCUCAUCACGACGCCGCAGUACGAGACCAAGAAGACCGACCUCUUCACGCUGGGCUCUACCCACAUGGCCUUGCUGCACAACUCGAUCCUGCGAGGCUACAACUCCAUCUACCAGCAGGCGCCCUAUAUCCAGGACGCCGACAAGGCCGACUUUAUCGGAUAUUCCCAGACGUGGUUCAAGUUUGUCAAGUCGCACCACGAUGACGAGGAGGAGUCCCUCUUUACCAAGGUCGAGGACCUGCUGGACGACAAGAACGUCUUUGCCGAGACGCACAAGGAGCAUGAGUCCUUCCUGAGCGGUCUUGCCGAGUUCAAUCAGUACCUGACGUCCUUGUCAUCGCCCACCGACUUCUCUGGCGCCAAGCUGCUUGACAUCAUGAAGGGCUUCCAGCAACCGUUCGAAACCCACUUCCACAGCGAGAUCAGCACUAUCGCCGGGCUUGCAAAGCACCCGAACGCGCCGAAGGAGGGGACGCCCGAGGCGGCGAACGCCAGUCUGACGUUCAAGACGUGGGGCAAGAGCACUGUCACCAAGGCGGGCACGGCGGACGUGGUGCCCUUCUUCCUGCUCAACCUGGACCGGACGGCCGAGGACGGGCUGUGGGCGAACUGGCCGCCCAUGCCGGCGCCGAUCAAGUGGGGCCUGAUCAAUAUCGCGGGAGCGUGGCACUGGGGAUGGUGGAAGUUUGCCAGCUGCGACGCGGCUGGGCAACCGAGGGAGCUUUACGCGCUGGGGUCUUUGGGGUCGGACGACAAGGCCAAGGCUGAGCUGUGA